AUUGUUUAUAUUUAUUGUGGCUUCUGAGGUACGGAAUUUCCCUCUCCUGCCUUUGUUUCAAUAGGAAAAGAAAAAUGAAGACAGGACAUUUUGAAAUGGUCACCGUGCUGUUGGCACCUAUGAUUCUAAUGGACAUCCUCCAGGUAAAAGCUGAAAUGUUAGGUAUGGCAGAUAAUGCAUUUGAUGAUGAAUACCUGAAAUGUGCUAACCGGAUGGAAAUCAAAUAUGUUCCCCAACUGUUCAAGGAGGAAAAAGCAAGCCUCCAGCUCUUAGAAGACGUGUGGGAAAAUGCAGAAGCCAAGUGGGAAGCUCGGAAGCCUCAGCUCUUUCUCCCUGUGAAUUUCAAGGAUAACUAUGGUAUAGCCCUGAUGGCCUAUAUUUCUGAAGCUCAAGAGCAGUCUUCCUUUUACCGUCUGUUCAAUGAAGCUAUGGAAGUGGCUGGCCAGUCUCGAAAAGAUUAUGUCUAUGGCUUCCAAUUCAAAGCUUUCCAUUUUUACCUGACAAAAGCUCUGCAGUUGCUGAGAAGAUCUUGUGAGAACAGUUACAAAAACGUGGUGUACAGCGUAAGGCUGAAUAGUUCAUUUACAUUUGGAGGGCUGAACCAAGCCCGACUUGGCCAUUUCACCUUGGCAUAUUCAUCCAAACCUCAAGCUGCUGAUGACCAACAUGUUCUGUUAACCAUCAAAACAUGUUUUGGAGUUGCCGUUGAAAAAUUUCUUGAUAAAGAAAGUGAAAGAAUUGUUUUAAUACCUCUGAAUGAGGUUUUUCAUGUGUCACAGGAUGAGGCUGGCAAUAACCUUAUCCUUCAGAGCACAAACAGGACCUGCAGCCACUAUGAGUGUGCGUUUCUAGGUGGACUAAAAACUGAAAGUUGUGUUGAGAACAUGGACUAUUUUCAACCUGUCUACAACCCUGGUGAGGAAAACCAGAAGCUGGAAAACCCUGAAAUGAAAAGCCAGGAAUCCACUGUCUUUCCUGGUAUGAAAAGCCAGGAAGCCACCCAGAUACCUGGAAUGAAAAUUCCAGAAUCUUUUUCACUACCUGGAAUAAAAAUGUUACAACCAGAUGAAAAACCUGCUCCAGGCCCAGCAGUUCCUGUUCCAGGUCCCAAAAGCCAUCCCUCUGCAUCUUCUGGCAAAAUGCUCCUUCCCCGGUGUGGGACAUUCAUCAUUUUAAUCAGUGCUUCUAUAAAUUUCAGUCGCUCUGUAGUCUGAUACAUUCUUUACUUGUACUUUACACUGUACUUGAAAUACAACUACAGGCAUCCCACAGAAAUCAUCAAAAGGAAUGAUGUAUUUUUCACUUGUUGGUCAACAUUCAGUUGAUGAAACGUGAAUUUGUUAUUCACUUAGCAAAUCUGGUAGUAAACCCAGAUAUCAUAGAAUUUGUUUUUCACUUAUUUCUAUAUUAAUUUUAUGAUUGUAAAAAAACUGUAUACUUUUAAAUUCAAUAAAAGACCUUUAAUUUCAGUAGAAUUGCCAAAUACUAAAAUAUCAAUAAUGCUAGUGAUUAACAUGAAUUUAAUUCCUGAAUUAGAAUUUUAAAGGUGUUUUACUCAUCUUUAAAGGAUCAAACUUUGACUUCAAAUAGUAUAUUUUUUCAGUCUCUUUUCCUUCUAUAUAUGAACACUUUGUAUUUUUACAAACACAACAGUUGACUAAGUAGUUCACAUACUUAGUCCUUAACUUGAACCUCAUACUAACCUAGGAAGGCAGACAGUACCUAAUGAAUGUGUGGGCUCAGUAAGAAAGGAGAGUGAGGUAAGUACAGUAAGGCGCUCUUUUCCCCAAGAAAAAGAGUGGUUGAAUGGUAACUGGUUUAGGCGUGGGCUUUGGUAAGGGACACUUGUUUACACUGCCAAUGUUUCAAAAGGAACUGAAGGCCAUUUUCAGAGAUCCAGAAAAACUUCAUGAAGUCUAAACUAGGUGUUAAGGGUUCGGCGUGCUUUAAUUCUACCAUUUACCUCUCCUCAUGUUGAGAAUUUUGAGUGAACUAUCCACAAGAACCAUUAUCCAGUUCACAGAACUUUUAUAAAUUGUGCUGGAGAGCACAACUUAGUCCUGAGGCCAAAGUCUGAUUUCCAUCCAAAUCUAGAAUUUGGUUAUCAUUUGCUUGGCACACAAGUCAGGUACAGACCAGGGCCACUUACCUAUCUAACCAGCUUAUCUAUCUAACCUGCCUUACACAUGCAGUCACCAGCAGAAUUGAAACCUAGGCAGCUAAAUGGACCUGUCUUUAAAAGGCAGACCCUGAGCCCUAUUUAGGGCUUGUGAAAUUAGAAAUUAAGAAUAUGACAGCACGAAAAAUUACAGGCGAGAGGUGAGCAUGGUUAGCCAUCUGUCCAACAGAGAUGUUGCUCUGAGGAGCAAUUCUCAUUUGUUAAAUCACCAAUUCUUCCUACAGUAAGAGGGCGUGCAGAGGGGCAGACUCCUGUCACCUUUGGCUACAGGAUGAGAAAGACAGAGGUGUUAGAAGAAACAGCCCAUGAGCCUUGUUUGUGUGUGCUACACAACCGUUAGCUAGUCUGCAUCUGGACAGAUUGCUCCGGUGGUGUCUCAGAGGGGGCCUCUGGAUACACAGCACACCACCCUCCUUGCCGUCCUCAUAGUAACACAGGGGCAGGGUUCAUAGGCUGUUGAUGACACCUCUCAUCAUCAGCCAAAGCAUGAUGCAGAAAUGCAGAGGGAAAGCAUUCCAAGAGGGGCUAACAUGAUGCAGUGAGAUGUGCCUGUGUAGUCAGAGAAAUGGCUUCAAUUCUCUGGUUUUGAAGAAUCACUAUUGCACAUUACCAUGUCUAAUUUAGAUUUUCCAGUGUUUUCAGAUGCUAAUGAUGUAUUAGAGAUUUCUUUAUCCUAGAUGAUAUAUGAAGUAAUUUCUAUUUGCUGUACAGUGGUCAAAAUACAUCAGUAUUGAGGGUGAAGUGAGAGUCUGUCAGUCGUGUCUAGCUCUUUGCGGUCCUGUGGACUGUAGUCCUUGGAAUUCUCCAGGCCAGAAUACUGGAGGGGGUAGCCUUUCCCUUUUCCAGGGGACCUUCUCAACCCAGGAAUCAAACCCAGGUCUCCCGCAUUGUAGGCAGAUUCUUUACCAGAUGAGCCACAAGGGAAGCCCUUCACCUUGAGGGUGAAGUCAGACUUAAAACCAGGUUAAAACUGAAAUACUUGAGUUGUGAUUAUGAUUUAAUACUUGUAUGAACAUCAGUCAUCUUUCUCCCAGAACCAAAUAAACAAAGCACCAGACAGAAUUAUAUAAAAAGUAAUUAUAAUCAAGAAUUUAUUUGUUUUCAUAUUUUUUAGAAAUAAAGAGGUUUAAAAAACAAAAAAAGGUGCAAAAAUGAUAAAAUGUAAUUCUUCCGUUAUAUCCUAAUUGCUUACGUGUGUUCUGUAAAUUCCAAAUAAGUAAAAUAAUAUAAAAAUAUAUAUUCAAAUCUUUAUAGAAUGAAAAGAAAACCACAUUAAUCAUUAAAUACUCUUGGAUUUUCUUUA